AUGGCUAACGCAAUUGGUAUUGAUUUAGGUACCACAUAUUCAUGUGUGGGUCACUUUGCUAAUGACAGAGUCGACAUUAUUGCCAACGACCAGGGUAAUAGAACCACUCCUUCGUAUGUUGCAUUCACUGAUACCGAGAGGUUAAUUGGUGAGGCUGCUCAGAACCAGGCUGCUAUGAACCCUACCAACACAGUCUUUGAUGCUAAGAGAUUGAUUGGUAGAAAGUUCACUGAUCCUGAGGUUCAGAGUGAUAUGAAGCACUGGCCUUUCAAGGUGAUUGAUGAUGCUGGAAAGCCAAAGAUUCAGGUCCAAUACAAGGGCGAGAGUAAGGUUUUGACUCCGGAAGAAGUUUCUUCUAUGGUUUUGAAUAAGAUGAGAGAAACUGCUGAGGCUUUCUUAGGUUCUAAGAUUACUGAUGCCGUUGUUACUGUUCCUGCUUACUUCAACGAUUCCCAAAGACAGGCUACUAAGGAUGCUGGUGCCAUCGCUGGUAUGAAUGUUAUGAGAAUUAUUAAUGAGCCUACUGCUGCCGCAAUUGCAUACGGUUUGGACAAGAAGGCUGAAGGUGAGAAGAAUGUUUUGAUCUUUGAUUUGGGUGGAGGUACUUUUGAUGUGUCUCUAUUGUCCAUUGAGGAUGGUAUCUUUGAGGUCAAGGCCACUGCCGGUGACACUCAUUUGGGUGGUGAAGAUUUCGAUAACAGAUUGGUUACUCACUUCUCUAAUGAGUUUAAGAGAAAAUACCAUAAGGAUAUGACUACUAAUCAGAGAGCUUUGAGAAGAUUGAGAACUGCUUGUGAGAGAGCCAAGAGAACUUUGUCUUCUUCUGCUCAGACCUCUGUCGAGAUUGACUCUUUGUUCGAGGGUAUCGACUUCUACACUUCCAUAACCAGAGCCAGAUUUGAGGAACUUUGUUCUGAUAUGUUUAGAUCUACUUUGGAUCCUGUUGAGAAGGUUCUACAAGAUUCUAAGAUGGACAAGGCCCAGAUUGAUGAGAUCGUCUUGGUCGGUGGUUCUACCAGAAUCCCUAAGGUCCAGAAGUUGGUUUCUGACUUCUUCAACGGUAAGGAGCCUAAUAAAUCCAUCAACCCUGAUGAGGCUGUUGCCUAUGGUGCCGCUGUUCAAGCUGCUAUCCUUUCCGGUGACACUUCUUCCAAAACACAAGAUUUAUUGUUAUUGGAUGUCACUCCAUUAUCCCUUGGUAUCGAGACUGCCGGCGGUGUUAUGACCAAGUUGAUCCCAAGAAACUCUACUAUUCCAUGUAAGAAGUCCGAGAUCUUCUCUACUUACUCUGACAACCAGCCUGGUGUUUUGAUUCAGGUCUACGAGGGUGAGAGAACCAGAACUAAGGACAACAAUUUGUUGGGUAAAUUUGAGUUGACUGGUAUUCCACCUGCUCCAAGAGGUGUUCCUCAGAUUGAGGUUACCUUUGAUAUUGAUGCCAAUGGAAUCUUGAAUGUUUCCGCUGUCGAAAAGGGUACUGGUAAGUCUCAGAAGAUUACUAUCACUAAUGAUAAGGGUAGAUUGUCUAAGGAAGAGAUUGAUAAGAUGGUUUCUGAGGCCGAGAAGUUCAAGGCUGACGAUGAUAAGGAGGCAGAGAGAAUUCAGGCCAAGAACCAAUUGGAGUCUUACGCUUACAGUGUGAAGAGCACUGCUGACGACAAGAAGUUCACCGAGAAGGUUUCUGAAGAAGAGAAGAAGCAGUUGGUUGAGGCUUGUGAAAAGACUAUCAGCUGGUUGGACGCAAACCAGACUGCUACUAAGGAGGAGUUUGAGGGCCAACAGAAGAGUUUGGAACAGAUUGUUAAUCCAAUCAUGACUAAGUUCUAUCAGGCCGGUGGUGCCCCGGCCGGUGGUGUUCCAGGCGCUGCUCCAGGUGGUGCUGCUCCGGGUGCCGCUCCAGGUGGUUUCCCAGGCGCUGCUCCGGGUGGUGCUGCUCCAGGUGCAGAUUCUGGUCCAACCGUCGAAGAAGUCGAUUAA